GGGGCACGGCCAGAGGAAGAGUGUUGUCAGCGGCUGGCGGUCCUGGCGGUGUAGCCGCACGGGGCCGGGCCGCACGUCCUUGGGGGCCGCUCUGCUCUGGAACUAUGGAACAAUUUUCCUUUUGUUCCAGGCGCGAUCAUUACGGUUUGGUUCUAAGAGGUUCUCAUUUCCGGGUCGUCGGAGAUGCGACACAGGGCUGAGGCGUAGUGGAGAAGACCGUUCCCUCGCACCGCCACCGCCCCACCGCCCUCCGGGCGCCUCUCCAUGAUGCCGUUGACCGGCGCGGUGAGGGCGUGCGUCGCCUGCGCUCUCCUGUCAGCCACUUCCGCUGCGGGCUACUUCAACAUUGAGGAGGAGAAGGGCCCCGCCCAGCUCAAGGCCUCCGUCGGAGACUCGAUCGUCUUCAAUUGCAAACUGGACUUUCCCAACGACGUGCCUAUACCCUAUAUCAUGCACUGGAACAAGGGGGGCAGCACCGUGUUCUCGUGGGCCGACGGGCAGCUGACCGCCGAGGACCCGUACAAGGGCCGCGUGUCCCCGGCGCACGAGAGCGCACCCUCGCCGACGGCGGAGUUCACGGGCGCCGUCAACCUGACCAGCAUCCGCGAGUCAGACAAGGGCUGGUACGAAUGCCGGGUGCACUUCCCCAACCGGACGCCCAGCACCCGGCUCAACGGCACCUGGUUCUACCUCGACGUGGACGGCGGCACGCUGCUGGCCACGCCGCCCAUCAACAAGACGACCCUGGAGGGCGAGACGGCGCACUUCUCGUGCAUCACCAAGAACCGCGCGCACCGCGUCACGUGGUACAAGGACGGCGUGCCCAUCCCUGACAUCGUGGAGCUGCGCCAGCGCUCCUUCGUGUCGCCCGACGGCUCGCUGACCAUCGCGCCCACGGCCAUGGGCGACCCCGGCGAGUACAUGUGCGAGGUGACGGACGGCACCACCCGGCAGCAGGCCUCGGCGCACCUCGACGUCCAGUACAAAGCCAAGGUGAUGUACUCGCCCCGGGAGGUGCAGCUGCCGUUCGGCCGCUCCGCGACGCUGGACUGCCACUUCCGCGCCAACCCCCCGCUCACGAGCCUGCGCUGGGAGAAGGACGGCUUCCUCUUCGACCCCUACAACGUGCAGGGCGUGUUCUACCGCCGCAACGGCUCCCUCUUCUUCAGCAAGGUCGACGAGAUCCACCGCGGCCGCUACACGUGCACGCCGUUCAACGACCUCGGCACGGAGGGCCCGUCGCCCAUCAUCGACGUGCGGGUGCAGCGGCCGCCCGUCUUCACCAUCACCCCCCACAACAUGUACCUGCGGCGGUCGGGUGACUCCGUGGCCAUGCCGUGCGACGCCGUCAACGGCGGCGACGUCGAGCGGCCGCUCAUCGUGUGGUUCAAGAAAGACGGUACGCCACUGCCCCGCUCUCGGAUCACGAUGGAGGGAGGCAACCUGACUCUGGUGGACAUCGUCGACGAGGACCGCGGGAUGUACCAAUGUGUGGCGAGCAAUGGCGCCGCCACCAUCUCGGUGGAGACGGAGCUCGUCCUCGAGAACACGGCCCCGCGGCCGCCGUACAACUUGCGCGCCGUGUCCUCCACCACCUCCGUCACCCUCACCUGGCUGCCCGGCGUGGAGCGGCCGCAGACGCAGCACUCUGUCUGGUUUCGAAUUUCGGACUCGCCGCAGUGGCACGUUCUUCCCGACGCGACCGACCUGGACCCAAGUGCCCCGUACCGGCAGGCCGACACGCCAGAGUGGCGCACGCUGCGCGUCGGGGACGCCGAGUCCACGGAGGCCCUGGUGUCCGGGCUGAAGGCCGCCAGGGAGUACGAGUUCAUGGUGUUGAGCCAGGACGAGCACGGCGACGGCAUGUUCAGCAAGGCGAUCCGCGUCAAGACGGCGGGCACCAGCACCGUGGAGGAGGUGCAGCACGAGAUCCGGGAGGCGAUCGGCUCGUUCCAGCAGAUCGGGCCGCCGCGCAACGUGACGGUGCGGGUGACCGGCGACGGCUUCCUGGUGGCGUGGGACCCCCCGGCCUUUGGCGUCGAGGACCUCAAGCACUACAUGGUGCGGUGGGCCCGAGGAGCGCCCGACUCGGGGUACCUCCCCUCCGGGACCGACGUCACCAACGACCUCUCCUACGUCAUACGGUACCUGGAGGAGGACCGCCUGUACACCAUCUUCGUGCUGUCCGUCAACUCCAACGACAUGGAGGUGACGUCGCACCCCGUGUCGCUGUACGUGCCGCCGUACCGCUCGCAGCGUGCCCUGUCGGUGGGGAUGGCGGUGGGGCUGGCCCUCGUGGCCGUGGCCGUGGCCGCGGCCUGGUACCUCCGCGAGAAGCAGAUCAAGCGCAUGCAGCAGCAGCAGGACGACGAGGCCAGCAACCUGCCGAGCAGCAACGGCAAGGACAGCGGCAAGGGCUAAGCCCCGGCGCCCGCCCGAGUGGAGAACCAAAGUCAGAUGCUCACUGCCUUCGUGGGUAGCCCUAGCGUGAUAUGAGGAGUCUUCCAGGAGUCAACUGCCACCAACAUGUCAGAUAGGCCUGUUGUCUGUCUGAGACUCCUUACUAUGGGCCGGGGAGGUGGCUUAUGGCAUGGCGUGACCUUCCCUGCGGUGCCUUUUCGGAAAGGCCCUUGAUCCCCUGAGCAUAGCUCAUUGCGGCCUCGAGACUCUGCUGAAACACGACAGUAGGUGUCGACCCUUCACUGCCUGUAUCUCAUUAUCAAAGUUUUAAAGUCUCAGUAAGCAUAAUAAGCCCCCUAAUCAGUAUCUUAAGUGGUAAUUAAUAAAUAAUUUCCGUAGUAAUUUUGUAUACGUGCGUCCGUAGUUUACAGUUAUUGUUUAUUUAGGUUUUUUUCUGUUGUUUUGGUAAAAUACACUUUUGCAUUUAUAGUUUGGGGAAACUGUGAGCAGUAGACUGUUUCAGAAUUAGUAUUUUAUUUAUUUCACAAUAAUCAAUCCUUUUUCAUUGGUUGAUUUUAAAGGACUUGCUGAAAGUUGUGGAAAGAGCCAUUAGCGAGUUUGUUGAGUGAAUUAGUGAAUGAAAAGUGGGCAUGAGCAAAGAGUUCACAAAAAUCAAUACAAAAAUAACGUGACAUUUUUUGAACAAGUUAAAUCGGCCCAUUUGCUCAAAAAAAUAAGCAAACCCACCCAAAUGACUAUUUUAACGCUCUAGUGGGCGAGAAUAUCACGACUCUCUCUCGUUUUUUGUGAACUCUUGGAUCCCUCAAGCAUGGAUUAUUUGCAUUGAAACAAAUCUGCGAUUUUUUUUCGUGCAUAAUUCAUGAAAAAUGCUAAAUUGUAACAUCCUAGUUCGAAUAAAUUGCAUUUUUGGAAGGAAAAA